AAGUUUACUGGGAUGCUGCAGAGGAAGGACAAGGUGAAGAAGCGUCAGCGAUAUCACGUUGCAUAAGAGCGGCUUGCGGACUCGUUUCACGGUCAUGAUCGGCGCUCGUCUUCCUUAACUAUACGAAUGACUCACAUUUUCAUAUAUGAAGGAAGAAGAGACGAGACGAGACGAAGAUGAUUCAUGUGCCAGUGAAUCUGUUGUCUCCUCGGUUCAUCGCAUUCUCUUAUGACGCAAAGGUGAAAUUGUCAACGGAAAUUCCGGAAAUCUUAAGAUAAAAAAGAUCCUUAAGUGCUUUUUCGAAUUUUUAUUUUCGAUUCAAUUAGAAAGAGAAAAACAAGAAGGAUAAUAAACUUAAAAAAAUAAAACUAAUAAAUUAAUUAAAAGGAAAAACGAAUUUCUAUAAGGGCACGCGCGUUUUCGCAAGGUUUUUUUCCGAAGGCGAGAAAUGCUGUUAGGCGACUCUUCCAAAAAUGAAUCAUCACCUCGUGCGUUUUGAUAUUCUCGGUCCGUCACCUCCCGACAUGUGGCGGAAGCGUUACACUUAUAGCCCCGGCACCAAAACCGCCGGAAUUACGCAAGGGUGAAAGCACCGGCGGGCACCGGUGUUGCAUAGAAGAAUUAUUGGUCGCGUCGUUCAUCUCGUUUCCUCACGCCUCGCGCGCGUAAUCUUCGCGAUCUCGAAAAGUAACGCCCGGCGUUAAAUCAUACACGUCGUUUUUUAUCUUUAAACCCGCUUUCGAAAAUCUCCCGCUGAAAUUGCGGCGCGAUCACGUACCGUACACCCCGUCGAAAUCUGCACAAUGUCUCGAAACUGGUUCUCUCAACGCGACAUACGUUUCGCGUGCGCGUAAAUAAUUUUUUACGAGUAAAAAGAAAAUUGGUAAGCUCGAGCGAUUUCGUGCGCGAAAUAAGAAAAAAAGGAACUGACGUUAUUUACUUGCUGUAGCGCGAUAGAAUUAACAUUCCAUGGAUGCGCCCGGGCGGCGCGGGACAUUUCGUGAACGGGGAGCGCGAUUUAAGAAGCUAUGCCGUGAGAAAUUUAAUAAACCGUCCAAUUCGGCGCUCUCGCCGAACUUUCUUCCUCGUCCGGCGCGCACAUAUGUCGGCGAGAAUCAUAAAUCGAGAGCGAAACUUCUCUGUCAUCGCAUCACGUACUACGACUACUUCGAAGGCCUGCUUGCGAUGCAACGGGGGAUGCGGCUGAGGCGGCCGUUGACCACCCCGAUGCUGCUAUAAAUACGUUUGUCACCGCUUGUCGGAAAGUCAGUCUUGUUUGCGACACCGAUCCACAGAACCAAAAUAAGAAGAUGGCCAUGAAGUUAACAAUCUUGACUGCAGCGGUGCUCGCAGUGUCCAGAGGCGCGGCCAUUCCAUUGCCAGCUGCACCAGUCAUCCCAGCAGUUCCAACCGGUCCAGCUGUAUCAGGCAUUCCGGGUACCCUGGUCGCACCGGGUCUUCCAGUCGCCGCGGUUGACGCCACAAAUUAUGAUCCUUACCCUCAGUACACUUACGCCUACGACGUCCAGGAUACGCUGACUGGUGAUGCGAAGAGCCAACACGAGAGCAGGGAGGGUGACGUCGUCAGCGGCAGCUACAGCCUCAUCGAGGCCGACGGUACCAGACGAAUCGUCGAGUACACGGCUGACCCCGUGAACGGGUUCAACGCCGUGGUCCGCCGGGAGCCCCUGACAGUGGUGAAACCCGUCGUCGAGGUUGCGGCACCGCCACUCGUUUAUUAGUCCUGAGGAAUGUGAUAACGAUUGUCAUGACGAUGUCUCGAAGAACUAGUCAGCUAUAUAUAAUGUAUCAAUGUUGCUGCAUAAAUCGUUUUUAUUUUGUUAUUAAGUAACGAUUUUUUAUUAAAGACUUUUUUAUAAACUG